AUGCCAAUUCAAUUCUCCGGUGGACUGAAUCUGCCGAUCAAGAAGCCCGCACCGAAACCAAACAAUCCCCUGGGACAAAAGCGAAAGAAGAAUAUAUUCGACCACUCUGACGACGAGGAUAACCAGAAUGACAAUGGCGCCGAAGAGGUGUCUACUCUUGGGGGGCUUAAUGCGCCCGAGUCGACCUCGAAACCAUCGAAGAGCGCCGGACCUCCGCCGAAACGAAAGAUGCAGAUUGGGACCGGAAAGCCAAGUGCGAAACCACUUAACAAGAGCUCGAUAUUCGCCGCCGACGAGGACGAAGACGAGGAAAACGAAAAGGAGCGCCAAGGAGAGGUCCAAUUUGGGUUAAACUCCAAAAAGGGAGCCGCGAGUCCCAAGGAGUUCACCAACCUAUCUGCGUUGCACAGCAGCAGAAAGCACGCCAAGGAAGCAGAAGAACUGGACCCAUCGGUUUACUCCUACGACGCCGUAUAUGAUAGUCUGCAUGCCAAGCCCGACAAGUCUGCGACAUCAGCUAAGAGCGAAGUUCCGAAGUAUAUGGAAAACUUGUUACGCAGCGCUGAAAUCCGCAAACGAGACCAGCUUCGAGCCCGUGAUCGACAACUAGCCAAGGAACGAGAAGCCGAGGGCGACGAGUUCGCCGAGAAAGAAAGCUUCGUUACAGGCGCCUAUAAGAUACAACAAGCCGAGAUGCGGAAGUUGGAGGAAGAAGAAGCCCAGCGGGAGAAGGAGGAAGAGGAGCGAAAGAAGAAGAAUGGCGGUUCGGGGAUGGUCGAUUUCUAUCGCGACAUGCUAUCUCGGGGAGAGGCCAAACAUGACCAGGUUGUCAAAGCUGCAGAGGAAGCAGCCCAACGCGUUAAGGAGGGCGUCAACACCGAGGAAACUACAGCUGAGACUGAAGAAAAGUCCGAAGCUCAAAAGGCUGCUGAUCUUAAUGCCCAUGGUGCUCACAUAGCUACCAACGACGAGGGUCAAGUGGUCGACAAGCGUCAGCUAUUAUCCGCAGGUCUUAACGUUGCGCCAAAGCCAAAGACAGCGCCCGCUGGCAACAAGCCAACGGCUCGUGGCCCGGUACGACCAGCCGCUGCAAGUUACCAGACUGGCCGUGGUGCUCAGCGCGCUCGCCAGACUGAGAUGAUCACGCAGCAACUGGAGGAGCAAGCUCGGCAAGAGGAAGAAGCGGAGGCAGCCAAGCAGAAGGAGCUGGCCGAAAAGAGUCGCAGUCAGAAAACAUCUGGAGAUGUGUCCAGCGCCAAGGAGCGUUAUUUGGCCCGCAAGCGCGAGCGAGAGGAAGCUGCGGCGAAAGAGAAGGCCGCGAAAUAA